UAUUAUCAUUAAUAUGAUGAUUUAUAUCGUUUAAAAAGUAAUAUAAAUAUUAAACCGUUGAAAUAAAUUUUAUAAAUGUAUGGUGUUGAGUAUUUUAUACUUAUAAAUGUCAACGAUGAAAAUGAAUAUUAUAAAAGUGGACAACCGAAUAAUUUUAAAAUCGUCAACACACGAGCCAUUGAAACAUUCUUGUAUAGAGUACAGUGUGGAAAAGCGUAAAAAAAUGUCCAACGUAGAAUAUAUUGUUAUUGUGAUAAUUUUAUUUGUAGUGAUGUAUACAAUUUUAACUGGUAUAACAUUAUUAUGUUUUAAUACUGUUAUAACCUUGUCAAUUUCAUUACUGUUGAGUUUAAGAGUUUGUUCUAAAGUUCACAAUGAAUCAUUACUCAUUGCAGCACCUAUUGGCUUACAGUUAACCACAACUUACAUUACGGGCCGUCAAAUGGUAUUCUCUCUGCCUUGGACAUGUAUCAGCGAUAUACUAAUUAUUGAUGUUAUCCAUACACAACAAGUUCUUUUCUAUUUAGCAGUGAAAACAUACCAAAAUGGAUUAAUAAUUUUGUUUCAAAAAAGUGCACCCAGAUUACAAUUUUUGGAAAUUAUUUAUAAGGAUGUACAUAAAUUAUUGGAACACAAUAGAUAAUCGUGAAUGUAGGUUAUUAGUUUAAACAUUUUUUAUUUUGUUACAUUGUAAAACUCAUUAUAGGUCCAUUUUGGAAAUACUCUUUUAUAUAAAUUCAUGCAAACUGUGUCUUGAGAUUUGAUUUGACCGUCGAAUCCACAUUUCAUAUGCCCAUGUGUGCCUAUAUUUAUAAAUUUAUAUUUAUUUAUUUAAUAAAAAAAAUUUUAAAAAUUAUACAACAAA